AUGUAUUUAGUAGGAUUUUCACUAAAAAGAGUUUUUUCUUAUAUUGAAUUUACUAAUAUUGUAUGUAAUAGCCUCGAUAAAGAUUAUGUCAAUUUCGAUUAUUGCUACUUGAAAUCGGUGAAUCGUUCUUACAAGUAUUUAUCGAUAAAAGCGAAACUCUUAAAACCAGUCACAAAUUUAAAGAUUCGUUAUGCUUUUUUAAAAAGAGAAAAUGGCUAUAAACCAUUUCUAUACAAUAUAACAUUCGAUGGUUGUACCUUUGUGAAAUCGAACAACAAUCCAGUAACGAAAUUCAUCUUUGACUCUUUUAAGGAAUACACAAACAUUAACCAUUCCUGUCCAUUUUAUGAUGAUUUCACCCUGGAAAAACUUGAUACAAAAACCUUAGCUGAUAAUUUAUCACGAUUGCCAGUUCCAGCUGGACAAUAUGGAUCUUUAGCAACAUGUUAG